GAGAGGUCGCCGAUGAGCCGAAUUGCGUCUUCUAACUGUUACACCCACGCACGCUCUCCUCCAUCGCAGCUGAUCGCAGCGACAGGGGAGAGGAAAUGAUCGGGAAGGUCGCGCGUAAGGAUUAGGCAGAUGCGGGAAGACCGCAAUCGGAACUUUGGAAUCGGGCGAACUAUCGCGAUGGCGCACGAAAGACCCUCUUCCUCCCCGUCCGCUUCUCUCACCGCUGAAGAGAACAACCUGUUUCUUGACAUACUUCAUGAAGCUCCAUUAUCCGGUCAUCGGCAGCCUCGAGGCAUCUUUGGUAGCGUCCUAUAUUGUGUCGUAUUGGCAGGAUAUGCUGUUGUAGCUGCAGCAGCUCCAUGGAUAUUUCUUCUAGUACCAAAAUUAGUUCCAACACUGCUCUGUAGUUGCAAUGUCCUCCUUUUGAUAAUUACAGGCAUAUUUCAACAGUAUUGGGUUUACCAGGUUAGAAAAGUGCGCUUGCAGGGUUAUUACUCUUUCAGCCAAAGACUGAAGCAUAUUGCUCGACUUCCAUUUGCUACCAUUACCUAUGGAAGUGCACUGAUGCUGCUUGUAUUAGUUUGGCAACCGUAUAUACACAUAUUAUCUAUAUCAACAUUGUUGAGGAUAAUCAUGAUUGUGGAAGUCAUCUGUGCUGGAUGCUUUAUGAGUGUAUAUAUUGGGUGCAUCCAUCAAUACAAUUCUUUGAAUGGUCAACCUGAUAUAUUGAAGUCACUUUACUCUGCGUUGCAACCAUCAAGUUCUUUGGAGGAUCUCAGAUAUUAUGAUGGUGGCCGUCUUUCGGACCAACAAAUGGCACUGUUGCAGUACCAGCGGGAAAAUCUGCAUUAUUUGAGUGAGGAGGUUCUCCGUUUACAAGAAUGCUUAAGCAAAUAUCAACGAUCUGAUGAUGGAAGUACCCCCCAGGUUGAUCUUGCUCAUCUAUUAGCUUCUCGUGAUCAAGAACUCCGAGCAUUGACCGCUGAGAUGAACCAAGUGCACUCUGAACUUCGCCUUGCUCGUAGCUUAAUUGCUGAGAGAGACUCUGAAGUCCAACACAUGCGUGCAACAAACAACCAGUACGUCGAAGAGAACGAGAGACUGAGAGCUAUUCUAGGAGAAUGGAGUGCUCGGGCAGCCAAGCUUGAGCGAGCGCUUGAGGCAGAACGCAUGUCGAUUGUGGAAUUGCAGAAGAGCAUAGCAGAGCUGCGAAGCAAACCACCCAAUCAGUUGGCCGAUGAGCAUCAAGAAUAAUUGCUGCAUAUGUGGGAACUUGCUCUCUAGUAGAAACAAGCUACUGAGCGGUCUGAUCUGUACAGCUUACUCGCCUGGAAUGCAAUUAGUGGAGAUAUUUUUGUCGAUCAGACCAAAGGGUAAAAGAGAGGGGGAUAUGGCCAAAAUGAUGAAUUGGUUCGAAUUUAUGGCUUUUUGAGACUUUGUUAGUUGACCCUUGUUAAUAUAAAGCGAAGAUAUAUUGAUUGUUGUA